AUGGUCUUCAAGGUUGCUGACAUCUCUCUCGCUGCUUUCGGUCGCAAGGAGAUCGAGCUUGCUGAGAAUGAGAUGCCCGGGCUUAUGUACAUGAGGGAGAAGUACGGCGCGUCGAAGCCCUUGAAGGGCGCUCGCAUUGCCGGAUGCCUGCACAUGACCAUCCAGACAGCUGUGCUCAUUGAGACUCUGGCGGUACUCGGUGCAGAGGUAUCCUGGUCGUCUUGCAACAUCUUUUCGACUCAAGACCAUGCUGCCGCAGCCAUCGCCGCCACUGGUAUCCCUGUCUUUGCAUGGAAGGGUGAGACAGAAGACGAGUACAACUGGUGCAUCGAGCAGACCCUGUGCGCCUUCUCCAACGGCCAGCCGCUCAACAUGAUUCUCGACGACGGUGGUGACCUCACCACCCUCGUGCACGAGAAGUACCCGCAGUACCUCUCCGCUGUCCGCGGCCUGUCCGAGGAGACGACCACUGGUGUCCAUCACCUGUACCGUAUGAUGAAGGAAGGCAAGCUCAAGGUCCCGGCUAUCAACGUCAACGACUCUGUGACCAAGUCCAAGUUCGACAACUACUACGGCUGCCGCGAGUCGCUUGUUGACGGUAUCAAGCGUGCGACCGAUGUCAUGCUUGCUGGCAAGGUCGCAGUCGUCGCCGGGUUCGGUGACGUUGGCAAGGGCUGCGCGCAAUCACUCACUGCAUACGGCGCUCGCGUUAUCGUGACUGAGAUUGACCCCAUCAAUGCUCUCCAGGCUGCGAUGGCUGGUUACGAGGUCACCACCAUGGAGGAUGCUGCUGCCCGCGGCAACGUCUUCGUCACCACCACCGGUAACCGUGACAUCAUCACCGGCAAGCACUUCGCAGUCAUGCCUGAAGAUGCCAUCGUCUCGAACAUUGGUCACUUCGAUGUCGAGAUUGAUGUUGCGUGGCUGAAGGCCAACGCUAAACAGUGCGUUAACAUCAAGCCCCAGGUCGACCGUUACACCAUGGCCAACGGUCGUCAUAUCCUGCUGCUCGCUGAGGGCCGUCUUGUCAACCUCGGUUGUGCCACGGGCCACCCGUCUGCGGUCAUGUCCUUCUCGUUCACGAACCAGGUCCUUGCCCAGAUCGCCCUCUGGACGAACAACGCUGCGUUCCCGCUCGGCGUUCACAUGCUUCCCAAGGAGCUCGAUGAGGAGGUCGCGCGUGCGCACCUCGAGAAGCUCAAUGUGAAGCUUACUGUGCUCUCUUCCGAGCAGUCCAAGUACCUCGACAUUCCUGUCAGCGGGCCGUACAAGCCUUCGCACUACCGCUACUAG